GCAUAACACUUGCAAAUUGUUCAUACGUCAAAAGUUUCCAACAAGAGUUUUGAGGGCAGGUUGGGAUCAUGUCCCAGAAACAAUAAAUUCGAGCUUUCAAAGUCUAGAACUCAGCACAAUUAAUUUUGAAUGUGACGAGUGACUGAGGCAAAAGGGUCUUCAGAAAGAAGCUGUUUCACACAGAAUAUUGAAGAGAGAAGAAGGGCUAUAUAUAGGGAUAGAUAGAGAGAAAAUCUGAGAAGGGUGUGAAGAGAAGAACAAAAUGGGUGGUGGUGGUGGUGGUGAAGAAGGGAACAACUUGGAAUUCACUCCCACUUGGGUGGUUGCUGUUGUUUGUUCUGUGAUCGUUGCUGCAUCGUUUGCUGCAGAACGGUUUCUUCACUAUGGAGGGACGUUUCUCAAGAAGAAGAAUCAGAAGCCGCUGUAUGAAGCUCUGCUGAAGAUCAAAGAAGAGUUAAUGCUGUUGGGAUUUAUUUCUCUGCUGCUGACUGUGACACAAAAUGGAAUCAUCAAAAUCUGUGUUCCUGAGGGUUGGACUCACCACAUGCUUCCUUGCAGUCUUAAGGAUAAAAAAGAGAAAGAAUCAGCAAAACUCACAGAACAUUUUCAGACUUUUUUCUCUUUCAGUCAUAUUCCUGCCACUGUUAGGCACCUUUUAGCUGAUAAUGAAGAUCACCAACCAACAGCUGCUGAAAAACUUGGACACUGUGCUAAGAAGGGCAAGGUUCCUCUGUUAUCUGUGGAGGCACUGCAUCAUCUGCAUAUCUUUAUUUUUGUCCUGGCCAUUGUUCAUGUGACAUUUUGUGUUCUCACUGUUGUGUUUGGAGGGUUAAAAAUACGUCAGUGGAAGCACUGGGAAAACUCUAUAGGAGAUCAAAUUAAUGGAACACCAGAUUUGGAAUCAACAGUGACUCAUGUUCGUGAACACGCUUUCAUCCAGAAUCGUUUUACUGGUUUUGGCAAAGAAUCUACUGUUUUGGGUUGGGUGAAAUCAUUUUUCAAGCAAUUUUAUGGAUCUGUGACAAAGUUAGAUUAUGUGACAUUAAGGCUUGGUUUCAUAAUGACUCAUUGCAGAGGAAAUCCAAAGUUUAAUUUUCAUAAAUACAUGAUUCGUGCCCUUGAAGACGAUUUCAAGAAAGUUGUUGGAAUAAGUUGGUAUCUUUGGAUCUUUGUGGUCAUCUUCUUGUUGCUUAAUAUCAAUGGUUGGCACACAUAUUUCUGGAUUUCUUUCGUUCCUCUGAUUCUUCUACUAGCUGUGGGUACGAAGUUGGAGCAUGUAAUAAUUCAACUAGCUCAUGAAGUAGCUGAGAAACAUACAGCCAUAGAAGGUGAAUUAGUUGUUCAACCAAGAGAUGAUCACUUUUGGUUUCAUCGCCCCCACAUUGUCCUCUUCUUGAUUCACUUCAUCCUUUUCCAAAAUGCUUUUGAGAUUGCAUUUUUCUUUUGGAUAUUGUUUACAUAUGGCUUUGACUCAUGUAUCAUGGGACGAGUCCGUUACAUUAUUCCAAGGCUUGUUAUUGGAGUAUUUAUUCAAGUACUAUGUAGCUAUAGUACCCUACCACUUUACGCAAUUGUAACACAGAUGGGAACUCACUUUAAGAAGGCGAUAUUUGAUGAACAAGUGCAAGCACGUCUUGUUGGUUGGGCACAAAAGGCAAAGAAGAAAGGUUUGAGAGGUGAUAGUAAUGCCCAAUCUGCUCAAGGAAGUGCUCAGGUGGGUGCUGGAAUUCAACUGGGAGCAGUCUUCAGGAGGGCAUCUGCCCCAGAAGAGAAUGUUAUUGUCCCUACAAAUGAAGGGCAUCAAUGAGUGUGCCUGCCCUAAACAAAUGUUUUCAAUCAUAUUAAUUAUGGAUAAUGAUAUUUAGACAACAUUUUUUUGACAACAUUUGAACAUUAAUUACGUGUCAAUCUGUGAUUGGC